CUUCGCUUCUACUUUUCCUAAUCUGGAUGGGCCGGACUCUAAGUACGACGGUCCACAAAUAUGCCAAAAUUGGGCUCGACAGGGAUCCAACAUUACUUCAAAAUAAAUAAGAAUAAAAUUAUUUUUCGAAGCCGGUGGUGUCCGAUUCCUAUAAAUACGGCGAAUGAGGGGGGGGGGGGGGGGGGGGGGGGGGGGAAAUGGAAAAGAGAAGGUGGCUUCAGAACGAAAGAGACAAUAUAGGAUUAGGCAUAUAGCCAGCCCGCCUGACAAAAUUCUCAUUUCUCGAUCACCAUUAUUUGGCGUUGAAAGCAAAAAAAAAAAAAAAAAACCCACCGGCGGCAUGAGUCUCUUCGGCCUCGGCAGCAGAAACCAGAGGACAUUUCGGCCUAAGAAGAAUGCUCCAUCCGGUAGCAAGGGUGCUCAACUUCAAGCACAUAUUGAUGCUACCUUGGGUAGUGGCAACUUGAGGGAAGCUGUAAGACUGCCUCCUGGAGAAGAUAUCAACGAGUGGCUAGCCGUCAACACUGUGGAUUUCUUCAAUCAAGUGAACAUUUUGUACGACACUUUGAGUGAAUUUUGUACACCAUCCAACUGUCCAACAAUGUCAGCCGGCUCAAAAUACGAGUACAGAUGGGCUGACGGUGUUAACAUAAAGAAGCCGAUUGAGGUCUCCGCCCCAAAGUAUGUUGAAUAUCUUAUGGACUGGAUUGAGUCUCAGUUAGAUGAAGAGAAGAUUUUCCCUCAAAGACUGGGUGCACCAUUCCCUCCAAAUUUCCAAGAUGUCGUGAAGACAAUCUUCAAGAGAUUAUUCCGUGUAUAUGCCCACAUAUACCACUCACAUUUCCAGAAGAUUGUGAGUUUGAAGGAAGAAGCACACCUAAACACUUGCUUUAAACAUUUUGUUCUCUUUACAUGGGAAUUUCGACUGAUCGACAAGGGGGAACUGGCGCCUCUUCAUGACCUUGUUGAGUCCAUCCUUUGAUCAUAGUUUCCAUUCGUAUGGAAACUGAUUUCUUUUUCUUCUUGUUUUAUCUUACUAGCAGGUUUUACAGUGGUUUUAAGUUUUAACCAUUCCCAUAGGACUGCUGAUCAUGAAACAACGUAAGAAGUGUUGUGAAACCUGUUAGGCUCUCCUAAUUGUUUUGCCGAGGGCACAAUUUUUCCCUCUUUUUCAUACUGUAUAUGUAUUUAGCCAGCUGUUGAAUUGUUGAUAAUAUGGUUGUGAGAUUCCAGAAAUACUGUAUAAUAUUGUAGUUGGAAAUUAUCAUGUACAGGUGUUAUAAAUAGAUAAAUUCUUAAAAGUUUACAUACUCUUAUUCCAUCAUUGAGAUUUGGUGAUUGGACUUUUCCAGUCAACCCACCAUGCAGGCUCUCCUAUUUGUUCGUCAGCACUCAGCUUUAGCUGGUUUAAUCUGAGAUUUGGGAUGAAUGUAGAAAGAUUCGUUUGGAUGAUUUAUCAUGCUCGUUAAGGUGCAAUCUUUGCUUCUUUCGUUUAGAACGAUUUAUCAUUAGCAAAUGACAUUGAUGUCUCGUAUAAAUUCAUGAAAGUUUGACUCGGAGUCAUGACCCUGAGCCCUUGGCCUUCAGUCACUAUCUCGAAUGUUUGGCUCAAAGCCUAAUUUGAUUAUUUCUCCAUGACCUUCAUUCCGCCCCUGACCCUGUCCUGACCCUAUCUGACCCGCCCCCGAAGGGUCAAGAUGUAUAACUGACCCGUCCCGACCCUGUUUCUUUCAUGACCCUGUCUGACCCUUUAGGGUCGGGGCGGGUCAGGAAGGGUCGGGUCAGUGGGUCGACCCUAGGCAUGGCAACGGGGCGGAUCGGGGCCGGGUACCCUGUAUCCGUUCCCCGCCCACAUUGGGCUUCGGGUUUACCCGUCCCCGACCCAAACGGGCUUCCGGGCCUAGUAAUAUACCCAGCCCCGUCACCGCUGGGUUUUCGGGUGCCCACGGGUCUAAAAAGCCCGUAACAAUGCCAACCAAAACGACAAAGUACAUUAAAAAAAAUCCUGAAAAUCUGACAUCUCCUUUUAUUAUCAAUAAUAAACUUAUACAAGAUCU